AAGAGCAGCCAGUGCUCUUAACCACUGAGCCAUCUCUCCAGCCUGGUACAUACUUUCAAUACCAGCGCAUUAUAAACAUUACCGGCUCCGUCCAGCCCACCUUAAGGACUAUUAAAAUGGAAGAUAUUUAACCCAGAGAAAAAAAACAGAGACCAUAGAAUGACUAUUUUCCCCGGGCAGAAAAUCCUUAGAAUUUCAGGUUCUGCAGCCUAACCUACAACUCACUGCUAUCGCCGCCUGCUGGACAGAGGUAGAAUUGCCGCACUGAUAUACGCUGAGCUAGUAGGGGACCCAAGAAGUUUCCAACAAAGCAGGGCUCUUAAACCUGCCGGGGUUGUCACGUGGGGAAGAGAGCAGAAGGGAAUAGUCCCAGUGGGUGAAAACUACACUGGCCGACAUGAAGGCCAGUUAUCUGUAGUUUGAAUCCGACCCAAUGUUUUGGAAAGUUGGGGCUUUUUAAAAUUUCAUUUAGCUUUUUAAUUAACUAUUUAUUUUGUGAGUAUGCAUGAUGGUACAUGUGUGUAGAGGUUAGAGGACAACUUCCAGAUGUUUUCUCUCUCCAUCCAUCCUGUGGGUCCCAGGGAUUGAACUCAGAUUAUCAGACUUGGCAGCAAGUGCCUUUACCUGCUGAGCCAGCUUGCCAAUCCCUAUCUCAUUAUUUAUUUAUUUGUAAUUUUUGAGACAGGGUUCUCAUGUAGCCCAGUCCGUACUCAAACUCAAUAUGUAGCCAAUGACGAUCUUUAACUUCUGGUCCUCUCGCUUCCGGCUUCCGGGUGUACACACGGUUUAUGCAGUGUUGGGGAUUGAACCCGAGGCUGCUUCAUACACUUUAGGCAGGAACAUUUCCUACCAGGCUAUGUCCCAGCCCCAUGGAAGACGAACAGCUUUCAUGGGUUACAGUAACUCUGGCUGCAGUUGCUUAUUUGUGGCUUUUUCCGCUGGGAUAUUUGUUUUCCUUGUCUUAUCCAGGGAGGAGCUUGGAAGCGCGGCAGACAAAGAGGGGAGGCGUUGCAUUGAGGGGUUGAGGGGGCAGCAUUCUUCCCGAUAACAGCUCUUACACUCUGGGAGAAACAGAGAGGGAUGUGAACAGAGAUGUCAUUGAGAGCCCUUGCUGCGGGUCUGCACACUGUUGUCCUUGAAGGAGGAGUUACUGGCCCAGCUGGAACCUGGAACCCAGCACCCAGGAGGUGAACCCAGCACACCUGAGGAGGAGCCUGUGUCCUGUGUCCUUGGGAGGCCACUCACCGGAUUACAGGCAUUGCCACGGUGCCCAGGACAUUGAACUUACCAGCGCUUUCUAGAUGCCACUCAGUUGGCAGAGUACCAGCCUAGCAAGCAUGAAGCCCCAGGUUCAAUCCUCAGCACCACGUAAACCAGCAGGGUCAAGAUGACCACAGCCACCACUUUGGGGGAAGCCGUCUUCUCGCUGAAUAUGACCAGAGGAGAAGACUUCUUGUAUAAGAGUUCUGGGGCCAUCGUGGCUGCCGUCGUGGUGGUCGUCAUCAUCAUUGUCACCUUGGUUCUCAUCCUGUUGAAGAUGUACAACAGGAGAAUGAGGACCAGGCGGGAAUUGGAGCCCAAGAGCCAGAAGCCACCUGUGCCUCCUGCCCUGGACCCAAACAGCAACGGCAGCCAGCAGCCUGCGACUGUGACCUCUAACCCUGCAGACAUCCAAGUGGAGACCCGGUGACCCUGUCCCAGUGCCGCCCCUGCCUCUGCAAGGAGCUUUUAUGGCCCAGAAGCAUGGUCUUCUAGCAGCUUCACUUGAGCUUUUUCUGGUUGGGUAAACUGAGGCACCUUUUGUAUAGCCCUUGCAGCUUGAAGCCAUCCUUAACUGCAUUCUGCUCUGGCCACCCCAAGCUGUGUCCAUAUCCCUUCUGCCACUAUACCAAAGAGCUAAGGACAUUCUUUUGUCACCCGAUGAGAAGCACUGUGCUGGGAUACAGGUGUGAGUCUGGUCCUUGCCCCAUGAAUGCUACAGCUAAACAGACAGGCAGACAUCUGAGUGUUCUGGUCAGGGGUCAUCACCCAGGGUCUGCCACUUGGAAGCAUCUUGUCUUAAGCAUCAUGUCCACAACAUUGCAGAACAGAUUCUCAAUCCCAUAUUGGGUGCAGGGAAACUAACUCGGACUAACUAACCAACAAAACCAACUUGGUAACAUCUAACCUAUUCCAGUACUAGGUGACCUCGAGCCAGCUCACGAGGGCUGAUUGGAACGCUCUCCCCCUUAAGGGACAGAGGGUACCAGAGACUCAACUUGGUAGCACAAGUCUGCCAUUUCAGUCCUCAGUAGAGACAGGAACAUUGUGAUUACAAGGCCAGCUUGGCUGCACACGGAGAUGUUAAAAAUUACAGAAUAAACAGUAUUCUCCAGAAAAUUCUACUUCACUAGUAGUCAGGAGAAG